AUGAGCCGUGCUUACGAAGGGGCAAAUGCCUCAAGCGAAAAUGAAGAGGACGUGUAUCUGGAAAACGAUGUCAGUAACGUUGGAAGAAAGCGUUACAAAACAAAAGAAGAAGGAUACUAUGAUUCAGACUCUGAAGAAGAGAUAGCGAUGAAAAAGCCCCAAAACGACGGUGAUGCCUCAGACAUGUUUUCAGAGUCAUCUGGAGAUGAAGGAAAAGCAAAGUCCGAUAGAGGAGUGGAAGAGCAAGACCCCUCGGAACGACUUGGUCAACGGGGCCUGUCUUCUCGCAAUGAACUAGACGAUGAGUUUGAGGAGGAGGAUGCAAAUGCACAAGAAAAGUUACGUUAUGAAGACAUCGAAGGUCAGGAAGAUGUUUCAGACUCACAAGGUUCCGAUUUUGAAGAAGAAAACUCGAGUUUAAGCAAGUCAAAGGUCACGCCGUUCAAUUUAAAAGAAGAUAUGGAAGAAGGUGAUUUUGACGAAACUGGAAACUUUGUACGAAAGUCCAAUGACCCACAUGAUCAGUAUGAUGCUUGGUUAAAUGGCGAUGUUUCUUCCAAACGGAGCAUCACUGCUGCAAAGAGAGCAGAGUUUGCACGAAAACAACAAGCUCAUAAGAAAAUGCUUUCUGACAUGGAAGAAUCAAAACUACUUCCUUUUCACACUGUCCCAGAGGCAUUGUCUUUUCUUAUUGUACGAAUGGAACCAGACGAAAAUGUCCUAAGUUUUCUCCAGAGACAAAGCAUCAAUGGUUCUAUGACAACUCGUGCCAGAAAGCAAAAAAAGACUACAGAAAAUCUUUCACCGGAACGUCAGUCAGCCGAUGAAUAUCGUAAACAGCUGAUUGAAACCAUAACAGGUUGUAUCACCUUCCUAGAAGAUCGAAUAAAAAUGGAGAGCUUGUACUUGGAAACUAAAGAGGCUUUACAAAGACUUUUUCAACGAAUUACUCAUGAAACUUGGAAGCCGCCGACAGUUGAUAUGGAAAAAGCCUCAUUUUCCUUUAAGUGGGAAGGGGAUGAAAAUAUAUAUGGGCCUUAUUCUGCCUCCCAAAUGCAGGCUUGGGAUAAUCAAGGAUAUUUUACAAAUGCAAAGCUAGCAGCUUUCAUUUCUACGUCUCCAGAGAGCGGUUGGAUGUUUCCACAAAACGUUUCUUAUUUGAGUGAAAACUCAAUCUGA